AAAAAAAGUUGACAGGUAUGUUUCAGACGUGGUAGACUCUAGGGCUCUUUGCUGUUGUUAGAACGGCAAACUAAACUAGGCCUAUUGCACAACAUAGGCCUACCAUCACGUUACAUUUUGUACAAAUAAAUAAAUAGCCUACAGCAAUCAUACCGGCGCUGUCGCACUUGUCAAUUGAAAUAGACCCACCUAUGUAUUUUCAAACCAAAUGGCCGCUGCGAACGUUAUUACCUGGUUAUUACGUAGAUCGAAUAUGCCUAAUGAUGCAAAGCAUCUGAUGGUUCUGUAAACAUUACCCCCUGAAAGUCACUACUGGAUCGCUACUCACAAAUCCUGAAACGGAAAUUCCAUGACCCGUGGGAAUCCUGACUGGUGCACCUAAUGUCAUAAGGCCAUGAAGCCCUCCCCUGCCAUUACUUCGCUGCUGCUGCUAGUGUUGUUCAGCUGGUCCUGGGCUGCCAAAAUAGUCGUUGUGCCUCCCAUCAUGUUCGAGAGCCACCUGUACAUUUUUAAGACACUGGCCACUGCCCUGCAUGCUGACGGUCAUGAUACAGUCUUCCUAGUGUCCGAGGGCCGAGACGUACCCGAGUCGAAGCACUAUCGCUUCCAGCGCUACCCUGGGAUUUUCAACAGCUCCACGGCUGAUGACUUCCUCCAGUCCAAAGUGCACAACAUCUUCUCUGGCCGCCUGACUGCCCUGGAGCUCUUUGAUAUCCUGGACCACUACUCCCAGAACUGUGAUGCAGUGGUGGGCAGCGAGGCCGUGAUGGCACAGCUCAAACAGGAGAACUUUGACCUGCUGCUGGUGGACCCCAACGAGAUGUGUGGCUUUGUCAUCGCACACAUCUUGGGUGUGCAGUACGCCGUCUUCAGCACAGGACUUUGGUAUCCGGCGGAAGUUGGGGCCCCUGCGCCCCUUAGUUAUGUCCCCGAGUUCAACUCACUGUUGACAGACCGCAUGACCCUGCUGCAGCGGGUGACCAACACGGCUGUCUACCUGGUGUCUCGCUUCGGAGUCCAGUUCCUGGUGCUGCCCAAGUAUGACCGCAUCAUGAAGAAGUACAACAUCCAGCCGGUCGUCAGCAUGCACGACCUGGUGCAGGGCAGCCGUCUGUGGAUGCUGUGCACUGACAUGGCCCUGGAGUUCCCCAGACCUACGCUGCCUCAUGUGGUCUAUGUCGGGGGCAUUCUGACCAAACCACCCAACCAUCUUCCUCAGGAGUUUGAUGACUGGGUGAAGGAUACAGAUAAAAAUGGCUUUGUGGUGGUGUCAUUUGGUGCGGGGGUGAAGUACCUGUCCGACGACAUCGCUCACAAACUGGCUGGUGCGUUGGCACGACUGCCCCAGAAAGUCAUAUGGAGGUUCUCUGGAGUACCUCCCAGCAAUUUGGGGAACAACACAAAACUUGUGGACUGGAUGCCACAGAAUGAUUUGCUAGGUCACAAUAAUACACGUGCGUUCCUGAGCCACGGAGGUCUGAACAGUAUCUAUGAAGCCAUGUAUCACGGAGUGCCAGUGGUGGGGGUGCCUCUGUUUGGGGACCACUACGACACGAUGACCCGUGUGCAGGCCAAAGGCAUGGGCCUCAUGCUGGAGUGGAAACGGAUGAGUGAGCAGGAUCUACACACCGCCAUGCUCAGUAUCAUCACAGACAACAGGUACCGUGAGCGAGCACGCAAGCUGUCCAGCAUCCAUAAGGACCAGCCCGGCCACCCAGUCAGCAGAGCUGUCUACUGGAUCAACUACAUCCUACGCCACCAUGGUGCCCCGCACCUCCAAUCAUCCGUCUACAGCAUCGCUACCUAUCAGUACUUCCUGUUGGAUGUAGUGGCCGUCAUGGCUACAGCCCUGCUGCUGAUUGGUUACUGCCUUUACCGAAUAGGCAGGGCAAUACGAGUCAGGUUUUGGAAAGGGGCGGGGUCAGAAAUGCUGGCCAAGGAGAAUGGACAUUGCCACAAUGGCAUUCCAAAUGGAAAGCUUAAACGCAAUGGACACAUCAAGAGCAAUGACAAGAAGCUGAAGUAAACUGCAUACAGGCACAAACAUGUAAACAUCAUCAGGCGAAUAUCAGCAAUGCAGAAUGCAGAGAGCAUGACAUCCAUACUAUAACACAACAACAUUAAAGCAACACAGUACAGUGGUGGGGCAGCCAAAGUCUACAUGAGCAACAAAUGCAUAAACACAAACACACACACUCUCUGCUAUCUGGAAUUUCAAGAACUUUUGAAGGAUGUCUGUGUUUGGUGCGUCCUCCCUCUCUCGUUCUUGCAGUUUGCACUCGUUCUUUGGAAUGGUGUGAAUGUUGACGUGCAGUUCCUCCGAAUGUUCAAUCUAUUCUUGAAAAGAGAGAGUUGAAGAUUUUUAAAAGCAUUUUUAAUUUUAAAGGAUUAACAUUUUAACAAACCAUUGUGCUGUCCAGCAUCAGGUAUCUGUAUAAAAUGAUUAUUUAUUUCAGUAACUGUGUAGCUGAAUAGCAGCAGUAGUAGUUCUGUCAUUGAAUUAGUUAACAGGGCAGCAGACAGGUUAUUUCAUAAUUUAUUUUGAGACGUAUGAGUGAAGCACUCCCUAAUGGUCAGUAUGAACCCGUGUACACUCUCAACUUUCACCUUUGACCCCUCCAGUGUUUGUCUUUGACCCUUCUUAUGCCCUGACUCCGUAAUGCCUUGCCUAAAGUUGACAUGAAGGGAAAAAAUUCAGCUUUUGUGAAACUAUAAUUUCUGUAAUGAUCAAUUCAUUAAUCAUAAGGCAACACGUGUACACUAAUAAUCCUUAGGAUUCCGUUUUUUAUGUAUAAUUUGACAUGAAGUCUUUGAUGCACAGCAUGUAUGCAGAGGUUAGCAGAUGUCUGCGUUUGUGAAGGAAGCAGUAAUCUCACAUGAUGCGUCAGUGUGCAUGUUCCAAUAAGUUGAGCGAUGUGAAGUGUGUGUGUGCCGGUGGAUAAUUAGGAUGAAAACUAGAUCCAGUGUUCAACGGGGAGAACUCUAGGACUGGACUCCCCAUGCGGUCCCUUGGUGUGGCCUUUUAUCUUGUUCCUUUUUUUAGAAAACAAACUACAAUUUUAAAACUUCCUCUCCACUGCCCUCACCUUUGUAUUGAAUUUGUCAUACACACCUUUUUUUGUGUCUUUACAUAGUUCGGUUCUAGCUCAGUGAUGGAGUUCUGGAUUGUUCUUGAUUGUUUACGUGUACUUUGCACUGAGCUUAUCUCGUUUCUGCUCUAUCUGUGUGGUAUUGAUCAAUGUUCAACCAUGACUCUCUUCAUACGGCACUGUUCUCAAUCAGCAAAUAAACACACACACUGUCUGUCACACCGUCACCUCAGCUGUUUCUCUACGAGCCUUAGUAGUCUGCCUUGCUGCACUGUAAACAACGAUGAUACUUGAAUUUAUGCUAUGUUAUCGCUAUAUGCUCCUGGCAGAGCUACUAUCAACCAGGUGCUGCACAGCUGCCUGCGGGCAGACACGCCAAAGCUAUGACUGGAGAAAUAGUGACACACACACACACACACACACUGCAGAAUCUGAAUGUUGUGAUUUCAGUAUUAAUGGAAGGGAACCCAGCUGUGAGGGGGAGAUGAAAGGGCUCUUUACUGUAAGAUCCACCCCAGACGCUCUCUCUGCACUUCUAAUCUUGUCCUCUUGUCCUUCUGCCUCUCUGUACGCAGCCUAGUUGGUGAGCUCAUGUGUCUUGAUGUGAGCUUAGAGGGAGUCCAGGAUGUGCUCCGUGUCCAUAUCAUAUUAUAGCUUUACAUUCAGUGCCUUUGUGCUCUUCCUAGUUCUUUCUGGAAAUGAUCUGCAUCUCUUGUCACCCGCUGUUGAUGUCUCUGUCUUCCUCUAUGUCUCCUCCCUCCAUCUUUCUCUCUCUCCCCUCUGUCUCCUCCCUCCAUCUUUCACUCUUCCCUCUGUCUUCUCCCUCCAUCUUUCUCUCUCUCCCCUCUCUCCUCCCUCCAUCUUUCUCCCGUCUGUUCUCCUCCACUUUGUCAGAUUGUUGAGUUUGUAGCUGCUCGUUCCUGCAGUAGGUCUUUUUUUACAUUGAUAGAAACAUGUUAAGCUGCCUUACGUGCAUGUCUCAUGUUGUAAUGUAAAUAUUUAACAUGUAAACCAAACAAAUACUAAUGCUCAAUAAACAUUCCAUAUUUUA